UCGAAGAGCAUUGUGGGUAAAUGGCGGUGAUAGUUAUUGUUUGAAACGUGCAUGCGGAUUUUUUAAAGAAAAUUGACAGUAUAAACAAAUUUCUAGAUCAUAUAAAUGACAGAAGUUUUAAGACUUUGUAGUUUACAUUUCUUAUUCACAGGAAGUCAGCGUUAUAAAAGUGUCUUCCAUUUGAUAGCUGCGAGUUUUUAGACCGGCUGAACUCAUGGUCAUUAAAAAUGGUUCUGCGGCCAAAAUUCCAUGUGGUUGAGGUACAUGGUGAUGUCAGAUAUGCAGGUUCAAGUAUUGGAUCCAUUCGAUGGAGACAGGGAUAUUUGAAGAUAGUUUGGAACAAAGAAGAACUUGUAUGGUGGUGUCAUUUAUAUUUUGAAGCUAAAAACAGAAUUCCUGCUUUUCAGCAUAAGUUAACACAGAAGAAUUUACAGAAUGUGCCAAAGAGUUCAGACAAUGCUGAGAAGAAUGGAUUUAUACAUGUUAUUUUCAAAAAUCAUUCAAAUAUUUGGAUAAGACGCAAUAACAACACAUACAGCAACAGCUUUUAUGUGUUAGCUAACCUGUUGCGAGAGAUAAAAGAUGGAUAUUUUUCAGAUUCUUCACCAAGUGAUAAAAGAAGUGAUCAGGAAACUAAAUCUCACAACAAUAACAACAGUAAUGACACUAGAUGGAAUGAUACCCAACAAAAAUCUUUCUACAGUCAGCAUUCUUCAAGAAGUAGUGCAUCUAGAUGGAAUGAAAUGCUUCACCAUCAGAAUAGAAAUUUUGAGAGAUCAGCUCCACUUAAAACUUAUAGUCGAAGUAAUUGGUCAAGUCAUUUUAGAAAUAGAUGUCAUGCAGAAAAUGAUUUGAGGUAUAAUUCAACAUAUCGUCAGAAACAACUAUCAAAGCAUUUGCAAAAUGGAGACAAGCAAGCUCAGACCAACUCUGUUUCUUACAGUAUUAAUAAAGGAGGUGAUUACAGGAAUGAGCAAAGAAUUAAAUCAGAUCAGCAACAAGUUAGCAUAACUAGAUUAUCAAGAGAAGAUUCAUAUGCAAGUAAUCAUCAAAAAGAAAAUACUGGUGUUGAAAUAAGUAGAUCGCCUUUAAAAUCCAUUUCUAGUAAUCAUUGUUCAAGUGUCGGCACACCAAAACGUCCACUACUAAAUUUUUCGGUGGCUUCAAAACGGUUAAAACGAUCAACAUCACCAUUCAAAGAUGAAGAAAUUGAUUUACCAUCACCAGAAAUCUGUGAUAAAUCACCAAAAUUACAAGGAUUUGAGAAUUUAGGUAAUUCAUGUUACAUGAAUUCAAUUCUUCAAGCAUUAUUCUCUCUCAACUGUUUUACUGAAAGUAUGUUGAGGUUAAAUGACUUGAUAGGAGAUAAAUUGUCAGAAACAAGUCUAUUUAGGUGUAUUACAUCGCUAUUAUUAGCGAAAAUGAAAGGUGAUUAUAGUCAAUCACAAAGUUUAUUGGAACAUAUUAAAGAUGCUGUCUGUGUUGUUGCUCCUAAUUUUAAAGGCAAUUAUCAGCAUGAUGCACAUGAAUUUCUUGGACAAGUAUUAGAUCAAAUGAAAGAAGAAGUCUACUCAAUAUGUGAAGAAUUAAACAUUGUGAAUCCGGUGGAAGAAAAUUUUGAGUUUAAAUUAUUAAAUUCUUAUCUUUGUCAAGGAUGUUUUGAAAUGGUUACAAAGAAACAGCCAACUAAUAUGCUUUCAUUAGAUGUGCCUAAAUUGCAAAAUGCAGAUGUCAAUGGUAGCCUACAAGAUUCAUUAGAUAUAUAUUUUUUGCCUCAGAAUUUGGAAUUCAAAUGUGAAAAGUGCCAGCACAUGGAUUCACGCUGUGUAGAAACAUUUGCAACAUUACCAAGGAUAUUAAUCCUUCAUUUGAAACGCUACAGUUAUGUACAGCAAUCUGUAAAAGUUGCUCAACCAGUCACCAUUCCUACAUACUUGAGUUUAUAUGACCACACUAAUGAAAACACAUUAUCAGUCCGUCCUCUAUGCAAUUUCCAUCGCAAUGAAAAUAAUUUGGAAGUAUCAAUUAAGUCCGAGAAGGAAUUUUAUGCAGACAGUAUUCUGAAACAGUCGGGGAAUGCUCAGUUAUUAUUGAAUGAUUCAAAUUCAAAUAAAUCCAAUGCCCACAAGGAGGUGGAAUUAUCAGUUAACAUUUCCACAGUAAUUGCUGACAAUGUAGAGAACAUUUCCCUAAGUGAAAAUUCAUUUUAUGGAGAUGUUAGAAGAAUGACAACCUCUAGAGUUCAACAGGUUGGUUUGUGUGGAGGUCGAGAAGAUGAGGCCAAUAUUCCGUCUAUAGGAGAAGAAGAAAAAGAAAAUCAUUUGCCCAAUGGUCAUUUGCAUGAUUCUUCCAAAGCAAUUACUUUAUAUUCUGAAGUAGAGCCAGAUUUUGAAGGAAAAGAUAUGCAAAAUGCAGUAAAGCAAAGUUUACAAGAAGCUGAAAGUCAAGAAGAAUUGGAAUUACAAAGAGCAUUACAAAAUAGCAUAGAAGAGGUUUCAGAAUGGAGUUCUGAAGAAAAUCAUAAUUCUGAAGAUAGUGGCGAAUUCUGGAUACACAGAAAUGAGGAAGAAAAGAAAAUGAUAGAAGAAAAUUUUGAAAGUGGCCAUUUACCACAUUCAUAUCAAUUAGUUAGUAUCGUUAGUCACAUUGGACAGACAGCACACAGUGGACAUUAUCUCUGCGAUGCCUACGAUAAUGCAAAAGACUGUUGGUGGCAUUUUAAUGAUGAUGUAGUACAAAAAAAGACAAAAUAUGAAGUUUUUCAACAGAGAGAAACUACGGGUUAUCUUUUUUUCUAUGUUGCAAAAGAAAUAUUGCAACGUAAUUGUUCACGAAAAGAAAAAUCUGCGGACCAUGGGUGUUAGCUUCCAUUUUUCUUCAUUGGCAUACUCAUCGUGCACUUCAUCAUGCUGAACAGUUUUUGUAGGAAAUUGUUUAUAUAAAAGAAAAAAAAAACCCAAAAAAAUCCACCAUGUCAAUUUUUAACAUAUGUGAGAACUUUCUUCAUACUUUGUAAUAAACUGUCUUUGGUUUCUACGUCUAAUUUUUAUCCGAAUUGUUUCGUCCGUCGAUAAGUGACGGAAAAAGACGACUUGGAAGAAAGAACAAGAACUGAUUUCGACGUAAAGUGACAUUUACGCAAUGUAUAUUUGUUAUUGUUUAUGACUGAAAUUUAAUAUGCAACUUUUGUUUUCUAUACUUUUCAUCGUGAAAGGAUUAUCAUUAAAUGUACAUAGUUAAAACUUUUUUGUCUGCAUCAUUAAUUAAUUUGAAGACCUUUUAUUUUACUCGUCUGUGCCAUUGUCAAUUGUUUAGAGAAUCCAUUUGGAACGGGUUUUGUCAUCCAACGUGCAAGUAAGUCCUGCAGAUAUUUCAAACUCUUGGCCAAUUGUUUACCUCCCAUCUUUAAAAUUAAGAUUUUUACAUUGGCUAACCGACUACAAACUUUUUUAUUUAAUCGAAAAAUCGAAUUUGUGCAAAAAUGACCAAAGACAAGGAAAAACCGUUUUUGUUAAGUUAAAUCUCUUGUACAGACGAUGCAGAUCAAAGCUGUAAAUAACAGGCGAAUAUUUUUAUGCAGACAAUAUUCAUUAUUUAAAUUACAAAUAAGUGUAGUGGGAUCCCAACAUUAUUUCUUUUUGAUGACUAGACUCGAAAUUAAGUAAUACAGAACUUAAUAUUCUUAAUCUUUUCUUGAAACCUUUUUUUUCGCGAAUUAUGACGAGUGUGCGAGAUACCACGUAUUCCAGAUGUAAUCAUUUCUUUUCGGCAAUGGUCAAGUCGAACUUUUUCAAAGUAUUGAAAAUCGUUCUUUGAUGUAAAAUUCUUGCUUCAAAUUAAUCUUGAAAUAAAAUAUAUAAA